AUGAAACUGGCACCUAAAUGCAGUCAAGACGGAUAUGUCCAGAUACACAAGAGGAUCUAUAAAGACAAUGGAGCUAUUUGGUCCAUCGCCGAAGGAUCCUACAUGGAUGCUCCUCAUAAUCUCCCAGCCCACCCCGCGCAUACUAUGUCCAAUCUCACCACUCGGACAAUGAACGACUCACAUUCCUCUGAGCCCCUACACGGCACUGUCGUCGACCUCUUCGACCAAUGGGCCGAGAAAUUCCCGGAGAGAGUUGCAGCAGAGUGGCAAGGCAAAUCCCUCACCUACGGGGCUCUCCGCGACGCCUCUCUCCAUGUUAGUCGCGCCUUAUUAAGGGCCGGUUUACUGCCACGCGCCCGAGCGCCGCUGUUGACCCAAAUGUCGCUGGAGAUGCUUUCGGCAGUGAUCGGGAUUUUGAGGGUAGGGCCCUGCUAUGUACCAAUGGAGGUGGCCGCCGGGAGUAGUGCUCGCAUCGAGGCCGCGCUCUCCGAGCUGGCCUCGCCGGUAGUGGUGAUCACUAGCCCCUGUCCUGGCCUCCAAUUACCUACCAUCACGGUAAAUUUCAGAGGGGAUGGUUUGUCUCGUCACCAUCGGACAAAGAAGGCCUACGAGUGGAGCUGGAGGCACGCCGAAGAGGAAUGCGGGCUGAGGACCUUGCGUGGAUUAUUUUCACCUCGGGCACAACAGGCAAGCAAAGGGAGUGAUUUUUCGAAAUUUCUGAAGCAGCGAGGUUAUUCGAUUCCGGCCGCGCAAGUCCUUCGACUAGACACGAUCGAACGGCUGGAAGACCGCCUGAGAAGCCAGUCAAACAUCGAAGUUGCGGAAGGAGGGAGCAGGAACUUGCAGGCUACAGCGACACCUGUGCAGAGGCUCUUCCUCAAGUGGUCUAUAGAGACACCACAUACCUUUGCUAUCAUCGGCCUGACCAAGUACAUCGGCGACUCCUCCCGAACUCCUACUGCCAGUGACCUACGCGGUGCCAUGGAAAAGUCGCUCUCAGCACACAGCAUCUUCCGCACGCGGUUUGAUCUAACGGGCUCCACCCUCUCCGACCUAAGCCGACACAAUCUCACCUGGGGCGAGGUCAGCGUGUCUGAAGACGAGUUGGAACAAGCCUGUGCGUCAGCUGAAGAAGAAUCAUGGCAGGCCGUGAGCAGGAACACGCGCGCCGACAAUGAAGUCCCGUACUGCGCGGUGACCUGCAUCUCUCUAUACACAAGCCAACCUCGAACAGGAAACGCAAUGUUUCACCAAGAUGCUCGAGUCCAUACCGGCCUCGUGCGUUCUGCAACCCCCGGCCGCGAAAGAACCUCCCCACCGGAAGCCCUCAAUCUCAUCCGUCUCCAGUCAUCCCCUACUAUCACCCGGGCCGCCCUCGACGCCUCAUCCCGCCGUCUGUCCGUAACCCCAAGCACAAUGAUCUACGCUGCGUGGGCGCUCUUCCUCCAUAGUAUUACCUCGUGGGUCCACGUCUGCUUCUCCGUCAGUCUCUCAGGCAGCACAGUCCCAUGGCCAUCGGCCCCCUCCGUUGUCGGACCCCUUCUCUGUCGCUCUUUAUUUAGCACCAGCAUUGUCAAGGACGCAACCGCCCAUGACUGGCUCGCGACCGUGCACAAGACCACUCUUGAUAUCAUUGAGUUCGAUGGGCUCACGCAUUCGCUGCCCCCAUCUCUGAUGGCCGACCCCCGCACAAACACUUCCAACGUGCUCUACUUCCUGGACGUCCCCGCGCCGUCGCAAAACUGGAGCCACAAGGACCGUUAA